UCAACCUUCUUACUUGUCUAUCUAGCAGUUGCAACUGCCUAUGAACAAUGCCACAUUACAACCUAUAUAUGCAACAAGACCAAAUUGAAGAAACAAACAUCAGUACCUUAAUAUACUAGAAAUGAGGCUACAACAACUCAACAUGUUACUAGUACCAUUUUUCUUGCUUGUUCUUACUGGUACCAAAACCAAAGGUUCACCAAUACCAUCCAUGGAUUCCCCCAUCCCUCUCUUAUCCGAUCAUUUCCCAGAUCCAUUUUGCGUCAUGAAACAAACCUCCUUUGGAGUUGAGAAAGACCAACCAGCAAUGACACUGUCACCGGUUAAAGUAGACUGGAAGGAAACUCCAGAAGGACAUGUCAUAACGAUGGACGUGCCAGGGUUGAGAAAAGAUGAGAUAAAGAUAGAAGUGGAAGAGAACAGCGUGCUGAGAGUUAUUGGAGAAAGGAAGAAAGAAGUGGAGAAGAAAGGUGAUCGUUGGCAUAGAGCUGAAAGAUCAUAUGGAAAAUUUUGGAGGCAAUUUAGAUUGCCUGAAAAUGCUGAUUUGGAUUCUGUGAAGGCUAAGAUAGAAAAUGGUGUUCUUACUUUGACACUUAAUAAGUUGUCUCAUGAUCAGAUUAAAAGUACUAGAGUUGUUAGCAUUGAUGAGGAGAAUGAGAAAUCACCCAAGGUCAACAAUGAUGGGGCUAAUAACAAUGAGCUUUGAAAUAUCAUCAAUAUUGUUGUCAUAGAAAGAAAAUUGCUUUUUAAUUCCGUGUUUGUUUGAAUAAAGAGAUUUCAUCAAAAUCUUGGUUGUUUUUGUUGUUGUGAUGGAUGUAGUCACUUGUUCGAUGAUGAAUGAGUGUGUCUAGUUUUCUUUUAAGUGUGUCGGUGUCAUAAUGGGUCUUUUUGUUGCUACUGUUGUUGUUGUUGUUGUGAUGGAUAUAGUCUUCACUCUUCUAGUGUGUCUAGAUUUUUUUUUUUUAGUGUGUCUAGUGUUGUAAUGGGUAUUGUAAUGGUUUUUUGUGUCUCUAUAAAACUUCUCUUUUUAUGUUUGA